CGGCGAUCUGUCGAUUAAUCUGUGCUUGUACGACGAAAAUAUAACCUAACUUCCUGACCGUUUGUCAUCAAGCUACGUUUUAAUUCACCAAUGUGUUAGAGCGAGCAGCGUAACUUCACGCAAUGGCAAACGACCGAGAGGUACUUCGGGAAAUCUGGGACGGAAAGAUCCCAGUCUGCUUUACUCUCAAUUCCGAAGAAAUUUGCGACCUACAAGGGCCAGAUCCGUUUUACCUGAUGGUACCUAGAUUAAGUUAUUUCCCGCUGUGUACGGAGAAGGUCCGGAAACAUUUCAUACGGCAUAUACAAAGCGACAGUAAACAGGAGCAUGAGAUGUGGCUGGAGUUUAAUGGAAUGCCAUUAAAAUGGCAUUAUCCGAUUGGUGUUUUACUUGAUAUUUAUUUCAACGACAUUCAAUUACCUUGGAACAUUGUCGUCCACUUUGACAAGUUUCCAGAAAAUGUUUUAAUGCACUGUCAAAAUAAGGAAGUUGUAGAGGCGCAUUUUCUCUCUUGUAUAAAGGAAGCUGAUGUUCUGAAGCACAGAGGCCAGAUUGUCUCCAGUAUGCAGAAGAAGGACCACACGCAGCUGUGGAAUGGCAUCAUGAAUGAUAAAUUUGACCAGUUCUGGUCCGUAAAUGGUAGACUCAUGGAAGCCAGUACCGAAGAUGGUUUUAAAUAUAUACCAUUCCGUUGUUAUACAAGUGAAGAUAAAUACAUACAGAGACUCGUGAAACCGAUGAAUGAAGAAGGCCAAAGAAAGACUUUGAAGCAUUUGUUAAAUGAAGUAUUCCCAGAUCAGGAAAAUGUUACAGUACGCACCCAUGGCAUCGUACCACCAUUAGAGACGCCGCUUCAGUGGAUGUCAGAACAUUUAAGUUACCCGGAUAAUUUCCUACAUUUAAUUGUAGUUACAUCAUAAUGUUUAUUGAAGGACAGAUGAUUUAUCAAUAAUAAAAUAAUUUUAUUUUCAGUGAUAAGAUAAUCAGAUAAAAUCAGAUCGCUAUCAGUGAUAGAAUAAUUUUCUGUGAUUAUUAUGUACAUUGUUUAUGUCAUUUUAUAGUGUAUUUAUUUUAUAAAAGUCCCUUCUAUAAAUGCAACUGUAAACAAAGCUAAUUGGCCCACCAAGGGCUGUGGUGCAAAGGGGGGAAAAUAUAGAAAUAUACAAAUAUA